CAAGUGGAAAUGGUUUAGGACGCUUGCUUUUGCUUCGUCAUCCCAAAUCAGGAAAUGCUACGUACUAUCUCUUUGUACAUGGGAUGCUUCAAGAGCUUCAAUUGUUUUGAAAAAUCAUAUGGAUCUUGGUUCUUGGGGGAUUAUCUAUGUGAAGAUGGUAGGUUGUCUCUGUCCACUCCAGUGGAUCUUGUUUUCAUCAUGUUGCCCAUUUUUGAGGAAGCUAGAAUGAAGUUUUCUAGCAAUAUUAUUGUCAUUUGGGGAAUAGCCACAUGGAUGUCCAAAGGGAUUAAUUUUGCAGAGAUCAAAUUUCUACAAGACUUGGGUUCCGCUUGUGGUUUGCCACUUGCUCAUGCUUGUAGUUUUGGGGAGCCCGUCAUUUGGUUCCGUAAGGGUUUCUAUUUCCAUUUAUGGAUGAGGGCCAAGCAGGGAAGAAGAAGAAGAAGAAGAGGAAGGUGGAGAAGAACAAAGCGAAUUCAAUGGCUGAAGAUGGACUAUGAAGACCGAGGUGAUACCUCCAUCCCGUCAAUCAACGUCGUUAACCGCAGCAACACCAUCUACGACUUCUAUGGCUUCCCCAAACCCUUGUACAAGGAGUUUCUGGGUUGGGAAAUGAGGGCCACUGUGCUAUUUGUGAGAUAACAAAGAUAUUCUAAAUAUGAUUGAUAAGGUACUGGGAUAUACUGAAGAUAUGGACUCGAGAUAUUAUUAAGUGCUGAUUUUUCAGAUGAAUAUAUAAGAAUUUCUAGAUCUUGGGAUACUAUGGAGGAAUCUUCCCGUGUUUUGAAGGCGUGUCUUAGUGAAGAUGCUCUAUUUGCGGUCAAACCGUUGCUUCCUGAUUCUGCUGAAGGUGAUUCAUCUGCAGAACUCUUGGGCUGAUAAGGUUCGGUUUCAUUACUCUGUUAUUUCGGCACAACCAUUUCCUAAUUGAAGGUAUUAUAUUUGAAAUAUUUAUAUAGCAAUUACUUGCUGUCUGAAACAACUUUAGUUGGUGAUUUUAAUAUAUUUACGCUGUUCAAGUUUAUUGGAUUAGUAUGUUAUUGGUGAUUGAUUAAUGUGAUCAUGAACUUUUAGAAGAACAGAUUUAAAAAGCCAAGAUAAAAGGCCAGAGCCUUUUAUAUCUUGGUGGUCUUUUAAGAAAACAUUUCCUCUGUUCUCUCAUUCUUUCAGUUGUUUGGUUCGUUUAAAAUCUUGUCAAGGACAAUUCGAUGUCUAAAAUCUUUUUAUUAGCAUUGGCUACAGCCUUUCCGCAUAAUACUCUCAAUAGCUUUAGUUUAUCAAUAUUUUGAUAUCAUUUCACUUUCCCGAAUAUGUUCAAACUGGUAUUAGAAGGACACAAUGAUGAAGUCUGGUUUGCACAAGUUUCACAUGAUGCAAAAUAUUUAGCUUCAUCUUCGAAUGAUCGGUCAGCAAUUAUUUAGGAGGUAAUGUCUGCUGUUAAUCCAAAAACUAUUUUGUCUUCUCUGUUCUGAAACUUUGGUUUUUUUUUUGCCUUAGUUGUUUCAUUAAUGUGCCUGCAUUUUGAGUGUUUUGAUAUUAUCAUCAUUCCCUAGGCAUAAAUGCCAAUUGUGAUUGUCUGGUUUGAACAAUUUUCGGAUGAUGUAAAAUAUUUAUCUACAUCAUUGAAUGAUCGAUCAGCAAUUAUUUGGGAGGUAAUGUCUGAUGUUAAUCCAAGAACUGUUUUGUCUUCUCUGUUCUGAAACUUUUUUUUUUUUUCUUUUUUUUGCUUUAUUUGUUUCGUUAAUGUGCCUACAUUUUCAGUGUUUUGAUAUUGUCAUCAUUCCCUACGCAGAAAUACCAAUUGUGAUUGUCCUUAUUCAUGUCACAAUGCUGGUAGAACAUGUUACUUACAUCAAGUUUAGGAGCCAUGGUUGCAAUGAAAAUUUUCAUUAUGUUGGAUAUUGAUAUCAAUUUCUAUCAUUGCCUGUUGCUUUUCUCCUACACAAGUGAUAACUUGUCGAAAGACAGCAGAAGAGGAUAACGCUAACUUUAAUUCUUUUUCUAAAAAAACAGAGUUAUGCUUCCUUAAAGAUCAUUGAAGUUCUGACUGUCAGGUUAAUAUUUAAGAAUAAACUUUUGGUAUUGAACGCUGCAUAUAGAAGGAAAAAGGAUCGAGUUGUUGAUGGACAAAUAUAUGCCAUUGAGGGUAUCUUGAAUGGAUGCUGCAGAAAGUUUCUGGGGAACUAUGGCUCAAAAUAGAGUGUUGCAUUGCUUGAAAUAAAGAUCUGUGAUCUUCUUGUAAGGGAUAUGGGCUUUAUUUAAAGAAUGUUAAGUUGAACAUCAUAAAUCGAAUAAUUCGAGGACAGAGAAAGGGAUCAAAAUGAGAUUUCUUUCGGAUUUAGAUGAUUAAAAAUGAGGAAUUUGGUUCUAUUGUAGCUCUGAAGUUGAUUAAAUUUUAAUUUAAAAUUGUUCAAUUUUUAUAUAGCAAAAACUUAAGCAAUGCAAUCGAUCACAUUUAGCUUAAUUACCCGUCUAAUAUGAUGCAUUUACAUUUUGGGUUAUCUUAUAGAUUAAUGCUGAUCAAUGAGGUUUAUUCCUCACUUAGACGUGAAGAAAUCUGAAACUUAUGGAGCCCUAAAUUUCUAAUUAUUAACAAACACUUGUGGAUGACUCUUGCAAUGCAAAUGUGGAUUCUGGUAUCUCGAGAACAAGCAUGUUUUUUAUCGAUUAGCAUGUGCCAGUAGGCCUUAAAUUUUAGAAUUAUUCAAUGCGAAUUUUAAUGUAGGUUAUUAUGAGUCGCAGGAAUUUAAAUAGAGUUAAUAGUCUUUGUGUGCGCAAAUAAGCAUGCUUAAAGCCUCAUGCAUGUGAUGAAAAUAUGUGA